AUGAAAUUUUCUAAGAUAAGCAUAGCAAUGGUGGCGAUAGGUCUUGUAUCUAUUGAAAGGUGCCUGUGUGCAGCGGAGACAGAAGCUGCAAAGCCUGAUCCUGUGGCCAAAAGCGACAAUAACGCCGAUAUUAUUGUGUGUCUAGUAAACAGUGGGUUCACGCCCUCUACUGACAGUAGAAAAAAAGCCCCAGCUCCUGUAGAGAAAAAAGCUACUGCACAGAAUCCAAGCAAAGAUGGGGACGAAAAAGAAGGCGACGAUGGCAAGAAGACGGAUGAUGAGGCAGCGCCGGCGGAGCCCGAACCCAAAGAAAAAGAACAGCCCUUGGGAGGAACAAUUGCGGCCCAGAUUUGCUUUAGAACGGAUAUAAACGUGGAUGAAGUACUGAAGAAGAUCAAUUCCAGCCGCUCUGCUGCCAUGAAGCAAUUUGUUGGGGAAGAGCACUACAUUGACAGUGCAAACUUUUCGCUUGUUAUAACAGAAAAACCUGCAAAGGAAUCUUCCGAAAGCUCGAAAUCCAUCAAAGUUAUAGGACUGACUAUCUCCGAUAAAUCCAAUUACAUGGAAAAAAGAAGAAAGAAAGAAGAUUUGUCGGACAUUAUAAUGACGCUGGUUCUUUCAGAAGAUGACCACAAAGAAAUUAUUGGCAUAUGUAAAGAUAGUUCUACUGAAAAGGAAUACCAUAUACAUGCCAAUAAUAUAACAGUCCCAACCUCUAAAAAUGGGUCCUCGAGUAAUUCGGGCUGUGUGUAUGAGCCUCGCGAAUUGUACAGUGAGCGCCGCAACCUCACAGACUUUGUUAAACACAUUAAGAACGAUAGUGCAGACAGCAGCGAUGACCAAGGCUUCCUCGCAAAAUACUGGGUUGUAAUUCUUGUUGGGUCCAUUAUUACAGUUGCAAUAUGCUGUGUUGUUGGAUAUUUGGUUAGUAACAAAGAUAGGAAUUAG